CGAGCAGUUAGAGCAGAAGAAUGAGAGUUGUGUCGUGUGUGAUCAGGUUGGUGGGACUAUUUUAUGAAAUACGUAACAGAGUUCAGUCUCACGGAGCACCAUUGGACUCAAAGGAAUAGGGACCAUAGAGAAACCAGGGAGUGCAGAGAAUCAGCUGCUCCGGUCGUUGGGGGAGCAGCUACACCUGCGCUGACUUUAACUACCUGCCUGGUCUUCACCUGUGACCCUGCCUAUUUAAACCUGCCUCUCUCCGCCAGUAGCUACCAGAUUGUCUUCAAGUUUAUGGAGAAGAUGAUCUGCAGGAUCCUGCUGCUCAUCAUCCUCAACUCAUGUCUCUGUGCAGCAACAUUUGUAGUGAAUGUGACACAGAGCUCCUAUCAGGCAGAGGAGAACCACAACAUCACUCUGGAGUGGACCUUCACCACCAGACCUGAUCGACCCUGGGGAGAUCUGUAUAUCCUCUGCAGCUUGUUAACUCCUAGGAAAGAAUUUGACCUUUAUGAGGUCCAUGAAGGUGUUGAGGUGUCAGAGUCUCAGAAUGAAAAGUUUUCAGGACGAGUCCAGAGUGACAAACACGUCCUGAAAGAUGGACGAAUCAGACUCCAUGUGUCCAGACUGAGGACUGAAGACUCUGGACAGUAUUACUGUGGUGUGGAGACUGAUGAUGGUCAUGGUUCUGACAUAUGUCAACUCAACGUCUCUGAAGCAAAGAAUCGGCCUGAACCUCCAAACUCAGGAAGUCCAACAAGCAGACCUGAAAACCCGGCCUUUUAAUUUUUUUUUGUACAUUUCUUCACAGCACUUUGGCAACAUGUGAAGUUUUUCUAGACCCUUAUGGUGCUGUGAUGCGUUCACUGACAUCAUGUAGUUUAACAGGAAGCAUUGUUGUUCUGUCUUAUCAAGGUUCUGCAGUUUUCCUCGUUUUUCUGUGAAAAUAUAAAAACAAAUUUCUUCAAAUCUUUUGAACAAACAAACAAAAACUUAAACACAUGAAAACAGUCUAUUAUUCAUGUUAAAAUUUCACUUUAUUUAAACACGCACAGUUCCUCAGUAUUUUUCCUUGUUCCUCAGAGAGAAAUAAAGUGAGACUAAAAAUAUUAAAUUGUAUAUUUUAUUGUAAAGUGUUAAAUAAAGGGAUACAUUUCAUGAA